CAUCCAAACUGGGGAAAAAAGAGGAGGGGGGCUGCACAGAAGCUGCAGCGGAGCAAAGCGCAGCAGCUGGAGUCUGGAGAAGUUUACUUAAAAAUCAUAACCCUCCGAGAGAAUCCUCAGAUCUUAACCAAGUGAAUAAGAGGAAGUUUUCGCAGACAGAGGUGACCCAAGAGAAGGGGAAGGAGAUGGAAGAGCAGGACCCAGAAGGACCUGGAACAGGCAAAAGAAUGUGUGAACCAUCUGUGAAGAUGGAAGCUGCAGUCCCUGAGGCAAAAGGAACUUCCUUGGAGCAAGGGCAGAGGGCGCAACUGGUGGAGCGUGCCCAAGAUGUCCUGUCAUGUGGAACAGGCAGCGAAGAGAUGCUGUGGAGCCAUUGUCUUUUCAGAGGUGUGGAAACGGCUGCUCCCCCUCCAAUCUGGGGUCCCUUUUCGUUUGAGGAGGUGUCCAUCUCUUUCACUGACGCAGAAUGGGCCCUGCUGGAUCCAGGACAAAGAGCUCUGUAUAGGGAAGUCAUGCUGGAGAACUAUGAGAAUGUGGCCUUUCUGGCAAAGGUUGAGCAGAGGACUGAGGAGAGUGAACAAGUUCAUCAGCAAAUGCCAGAAAGAGUUAAACAUGAAAACAUGAACGAAAAUGUCAGAGAUCAAAGAAGAAUAAAGAGAAAGAAAGGCAGCUCUUUGGUUGACAAGCAUGAUGGAAUACAUCAGAGUGUACAUUUUCUAAAGCACAGGAUAAAGAAGGCAUGUAAAUCUAUUAAGUGUGAAAAGUAUUUCCGAAAUAGAUCACAGCUUCUUGUGCACCAAAGAAUAAAGAUAGAGGAAAAACCUUCUGAAUUCUCAGAGACCAGAAAUAAAUUCAUUCUCAGUGGCAAUCUUCAACAGCAUGAGAAAACCCACACAACGGAGAAGCCUUUUGAAUGCUCAGAUUGUGGAAAGAGAUUCAGUACAAGCAGCAGUCUUCAGCAUCAUCAGAGAGCCCACAGAGGGGAGAAACCUUUUGAAUGUUCAAAGUGUGGAAAGAGAUUCAGUCGGAGUGGCCAUCUUCAACAGCAUCAGAAAACCCACGCAGGGGAGAACCCUUUUGAAUGCUCAGAGUGUGGAAAAAGAUUCAACUGGAGUAGCAAUCUUCAUCGUCAUCAGAAAAUCCACACAGGGGUAAAACCUUUUGAAUGCGCAGAGUGUGGAAAGAGAUUCAAUCAGAGUGGCUAUCUUCAACGGCAUCAGAAAACCCACACAGGGGAGAAACCUUUUGAAUGCUCAGAGUGUGGAAAGAGAUUCAGUAGAAGCAGCAGUCUUCAGCAGCAUCAGAGAGCCCAUAGAGGGGAGAAACCUUUUGAAUGUUCAAAGUGUGGAAAGAGAUUCAAUCGGAGUAGCCAUCUUCAACAGCAUCAGAAAACCCAAAGAGGGGAGAAACCUUUUGAAUGUUCUAAGUGUGGAAAGAGAUUCAGUCGGAGUGGCCAUCUUCAACAGCAUCAGAAAACCCACACAGGGGAGAAACCUUUUGAAUGUUCAAAGUGUGGAAAGAGAUUCAAUCGGAGUUGCCAUCUUCAACAGCAUCAAAAAACUCACACAGGGGAAAAACCAACGGAGAAGCCUUUUGAAUGCUUAGAUUGUGGAAAGAGAUUCAGUACAAGCAGCAGUCUUCAGCAUCAUCAGAGAGCCCACAGAGGGGAAAAACCUUUUGAAUGUUCAAAGUGUGGAAAGAGAUUCAAUCGAAGUGGCCAUCUUCAACAGCAUCAAAAAACCCACACAGGGGAGAAACCUUUUGAAUGUUCAAAGUGUGGAAAGAGAUUCAAUCGGAGUGGCCAUCUUCAACAGCAUCAGAAAACCCACACAGGGGAGAAACCAUUUGAAUGCUCAAAGUGUGGAAAAAGAUUCAACUGGAGUAGCCAUCUUCAUCGUCAUCAGGAAACCCACACAGGGGUAAAACCUUUUGAAUGCGCAGAGUGUGGAAAGAGAUUCAAUCAGAGUGGCUAUCUUCAACGGCAUCAGAAAACCCACACAGGGGAGAAACCUUUUGAAUGUUCAAAGUGUGGAAAGAGAUUCAAUCGAAGUGGCCACCUUCAACAGCAUCAAAAAACCCACACAGGGGAGAAACCUUUUGAAUGUUCAAAGUGUGGAAAGAGAUUCAAUCGGAGUGGCCAUCUUCAACAGCAUCAGAACACACACACAGGGGAGAAAGCUUUUGAAUGUGCAGAGUGUGGAAAGAGAUUCAAUCUGAGUGGCCAUCUUCAACAGCAUCAAAAAACUCACACAGGGGAAAAACCAAUGGAGAAGCCUUAUGAAUGCUCAGAUUGUGGAAAGAGAUUCAGUACAAGCAGCAGUCUUCAGCAUCAUCAGAGAGCCCACAGAGGGGAGAAACCUUUUGAAUGUUCAAAGUGUGGAAAGAGAUUCAGUCGGAGUGGCCAUCUUCAACAGCAUCAGAAAACCCACACAGGGGAGAAACCUUUUGAAUGCUCAGAGUGUGGAAAGAGAUUCAGCUGGAGUAGCAAUCUUCAUCGUCAUCAGGAAACCCACACAGGGGUAAAACCUUUUGAAUGCGCAGAGUGUGGAAAGAGAUUCAAUCGGAGUGGCCAUCUUCAACAGCAUCAGAAAACCCACACAGGGGAGAAACCUUUUGAAUGCUCAGAGUGUGGAAAAAGGUUCAACUGGCGUAGCAAUCAUCAUCGUCAUCAGGAAACCCACACAGGGGUAAAACCUUUUGAAUGCGCAGAGUGUGGAAAGAGAUUCAAUCGGAGUGGCCAUCUUCAACAGCAUCAGAAAACCCACACAGGGGAGAAACCUUUUGAAUGCUCAGAGUGUGGAAAGAGAUUCAGCUGGAGUGGCAGUCUUCAUCGUCAUCAGGGAACCCACACGGGUAAAACCUUUUGA